AUGUCUUCCACAGCGGUGACCAAGGGCAAAGUACCCAUCAACGGAACAGACGUUCCCUACGAGCUGCCAUGGGUGGAAAAAUAUAGACCAAACGUCCUGGACGAUGUCGUCGGAAACUCGGACACGGUGGAACGGUUAAAAGUCAUCGCGACAGAUGGAAACGUUCCUCAUCUCAUCAUCUCAGGACUACCAGGUAUUGGAAAGACUACAAGUAUUCACUGCCUCGCACAUCAACUGUUAGGAGAUGCUUACAAGGAGGGUGUGCUGGAAUUGAAUGCUUCCGACGAACGAGGAAUUGACGUUGUCCGGAAUAAAAUCAAGGCCUUUGCACAGAAGAAAGUCACACUGCCACCAGGCCGCCACAAGAUAGUGAUUCUAGACGAAGCCGACAGCAUGACGGCCGGUGCCCAACAGGCACUUCGCCGAACGAUGGAGAUCUUCUCCAACACAACGCGCUUCUGCUUGGCCUGUAACAUGUCAAAUAAAAUCAUAGAACCCAUUCAAAGUCGAUGUGCCAUUCUCCGGUACAGCAAAUUACGCGACGCAGAGAUCUUGCAGCGUCUUCUGGAGAUCUGUGAGAUGGAGAAGGUCGAGUACAAUGACGACGGCCUUACAGCGCUCAUUUUUACGUCGGAAGGGGACAUGCGUCAGGCAAUAAAUAAUCUCCAAUCAACAUGGUCUGGAUUUGGAUUCGUCUCCGGCGACAACGUCUUCAAAGUGUGCGAUCAGCCGCACCCUAUCAUUGUUCAGACCAUCAUCCGGGCGUGCUUGAAAGGUGAUAUCGACAUGGCUUUGGAAAGAAUGUCAGAGCUCUGGCACCAAGGCUACAGUGCUGUGGAUAUCAUCGUGACAAUCUUCCGAGUUGUGAAGACAUUUGACGAGAUACCGGAAUACACGAAGCUAGAGUACAUUAAGGAGAUUGGCUUCACACACAUGCGUAUUCUCGAAGGCGUAGGAACUUUGAUUCAACUCGGGGGGCUCAUGGCUCGUCUUUGUAAAAUUAACAUUAAGCCAGAGCUUUUCCGGCUAUGA